CGAAACGUCAGGGAAAUUGUCACUGAUUGUUUUUGCACAUAAAUAAAUAAUAAUAUGUCUAAUAUCCAACCUUCACUUUUAUCAAAAAUGAGUUCAUGGGUCAUUUUAGUAUAUAAUUAAUUACUUUUUAAUUAUUCAAGUUUUGCAAUUCGGUAGUAAAAAUCCCGAGUAGACCUGUCAGUCAAUGUGCGAUAAGAUGAAACCAAACACCUCCUGCUUUGAAUACUUGUGAAUUUAUUGUAAUGUGAAAGUUUAGGUUGCGAUUAUAGAAUUCCUUUGAUAAUGUCACUAUCGAAACCUUUCGAAGAAAACAAUCUGCAUAAUUCCAGUCAUUUUGUUAAAAAUGCGAAUUUAAAUCUUCCUAUGUUUGGAGGGGCUAGAAGUGCACCUGUGUUGCCCCCUAGGCCUUCGAAUUCCACCCUGGCAAAUGGAUAUAACAACUUCAAUUCUUAUAAUAUGCCCUAUUCUGGUUAUGGUGGCUACAAUUCCUACAAUUCUUUCAACUCCUAUGGCACACCAUACCGCAGCACCCCAUAUACCAGCUAUGGCUCCUCAUACAACAACUAUGGAUCAUUUGGAGGCUACCCAAACUAUGCAGCUGACGAUCAUGAAAGACGUUUCAUCCAGUAUGCUGAGGAAAGUUCGAGAAACACUUUUGCCAGCGUUGAAAACAUCGUGCGAGCGUUCAACAGCAUAGCUAUGAUGCUGGACAACACUUUUUUCGCGAUGACCUCCAGCUUCAGGGCUGUUUUGAGCGUGGCAGAGAAUUUCGGGCGGUUGCGAUCGAUGUUUGGCCAAAUCUGGUACUCCGUCAACAUUUUCAGGUUUCUCAGUUGGUUGUAUAGGAAACUGAUGAGGUUGGUUGGCUACAAGGUGUCUAAUAGCACAACUUCUGUGGCUUGGAAGCAGGCGAAAAAUGGAGCAGUGGGACCCCCUGGACCAGGACCAGGGAAAGGCUCCAGCUGGCCUACCAUUGCUUUUCUAGGAGUGCUGAUGUCAGCGCCUUACAUCAUCAGCAGGUUUCUGCCUAAAUAUGAAGAUAAAGGAGAUCCUGCAAACUGGAAAUCCCCAGGAAUCCGUGCCAAAGCUGUGUUUGACUUCAUCGCCACCGCACCCAACGAGCUCAACAUCCAGGCCAACGAUCUAGUUCUGUUGGCCCCCACGUCCAUUCAAGAAGAAAUGAACCUGAAGAAUUCGGGAUGGGCGUUCGCCGUCUGCAAGAGCAAGUCAGGCCUGGUGCCCUUGAAUUACCUAGUCAUCAGCAAAAACAGGCCUAUUUUGAGCAGUCAGAAGCCUGUGGCAGAAGCUGAAGAGCCGCCCGUCCCAAGAGUAUUCCCCAAGACACACACAAAGAGGGUUAGUUUCGGGGAGAACCAGAUUUUCGAAAAUGUUGAUCUGGAGGACUAUUUGCCAAGGGAAGAUUCAUGUGAUAAAGCAGAGAAGGAAGUGGGGAAAUCAGAGACUGAUAUAACUGAAGUUAAAGCUGACAUAGCUGAAUAGGAAAUCUGGAAAUAUGUUGUAUUAUUGAGGCCAAAUUUUAAAGACAUGCAAAUGAUUUUCAAUUGGGCAUUAUUAAGGCUUGAAUUAAAAGAUUAAUUUGCUACUUGAAAGUUUUAGAAUUCUAUUGUGUAUGGAAGAAACUGAAGACAAAUAGGUGUGUGUACCUGUGAAUUGACUAGAAGACCUCUAUAUGACAUGAAUUUAUGGAAUAUAUGAAUUACAGAGAAAAUAUCAAAACUAAGUAUCAUAAUGAGAUUCUCUAGUUUCUGUUACUUUUCUAGUAUGACCUGAUUUCAAAACAUUUUCCAUAAACUUAUUAAGAUAUUAUAUAGAAACUUCUGAAAUAGUUUACAUCAUAAAAUGAUUUUUUCCAGUUUCAUUGACUUUUAAAUCCUUUUGUAUUGGUGAUAAAGAUAAUAUUAAAUAUUUAUUAGUUCUUAGUGCAACAAUGUUUUUUACACUGUUUCUAAUUGGGAAUUGUUUUCAAUAAAGUGAAUGAUGAAAAA